GGUAUCUCUCAUGUAAUUACAUUUAAUUGUAAGUUAACAAUAACACAUUGCAAUAAUUUACGCCUAAAAGCUAAAUAUAGGCUCACAAUAGGUACUUCAUAACGCACAAUUAUUAUUCUCGUUGCGGAAGUAUUGAAACUUGUUUUUUAAUCUCAGCCAUUCAUUCAUUCAAAAAAAACCAGGCACCUGUCAGACUCAGACUUACCAUGUGGGAAUACCUUAUGCCAAUAUUUAUGUGCGUGAAUACUCCGCUUCAAUGGGUUUUUUUUUGUCUAAAACUAUACAGGUAGAAUAUCCGAUUUCGAUGAUCUAAUUUGUACCCAUUCAUUCUAUCACCAUUCGGUCGUUUGCUUUUAGUCAAAUUAUUAUAUUAAAUAGAAAUGUCUCCAGUUUAUUUACAUAUUUUGUACCUAACUGGUUUCGUGGAUGUGAAAUAUUGACAAGUAGGUACUGGUUUAUCGUGACUUGGUGAAUUUUUUCUUUCCAUUGGUGCUUGUAGAAAAUAUGAUUUUCCCAACCAGUCACGUAAUUUACGUCGGUGCGAAUAAUUUUUGCGCGAAUUUCAAAUGAUUCUUAGUUUAAAGUGUGUUUCAUUUGUAUUUCAAUCUAUUCUAUUACAGUGUUCUAACCUAUUAAGAUAUAGUUAAAUGUGUUUGGCCGCGAGUGUGAAAUCGUUGAACAAAGUUAAUGUAUUUUUAUUUUUAAAUGUUCUCGUGACUUGUGGAUUUUUAUUACAUACCAAUUUUCGGUCGUGAAUAGUUUUUUUUUUUUUUUUAAUCGAUUUACAAAUAGUCUGAGAUUUUGAAAGUACCUAUUCGAAUUUGUAAUAUUCUUGGAAAAUUCACAAUCGAUCAAACGUGAUUUAUUUUUUGUCUGCGACGUGAUAAUUUAAUUUUUUUCCAAUUUAUUAUUUUUUUACCGGUGUCGAGAGUGUUAAACAUGUCGAAAAAUUUACUUCGGUUUUUAAAAGUGAUAACAGUCGAACCUGCGUAUUUUCUGUACUGGGCCAUCUACAUAAUCUUGGAUGGUACAAACACCAAUCUACUUCUACAGAAGAAAUGUCGUUUCAAUGCCACUUUCGAGCCAGAUUUGAACACCCUUUGCGACGAUGAAAAACAAGGAGUCCUUUUUGCCACCGAAAUGAAUUCGUUCUAUCGCUUCAUAAUGCUAUUCGUUUGUACAUUUUUUUCAAUAUUCGCAACUUCCUGGAGCGACGAAGCUGGCAGACGUAGACGACCUCUGAUAUUCCUACCAAUAAUUGGCCAAAUAAUUCAAGCUUUAUUCGGCUGCUUGCAUUCUCAUUUCUGGUCUUGGAUGCCUCAAACAGCUGUGUACUCGAAUAUUAUCGUUGAAAUGAUGUCUGGAGGAAUUAUAUUGAUGUCUUUGGCAGGUCAAAUGUAUAUUUGGGAUGUAUCCUCUGUAGAAAGUCGUACCAUGAGAAUGGGAAUGCUGCUGGGUGCCAGGACGUUGGCUGAUUUAAUGGGAUACGGUGGCAGUGGAUUUAUUUUGCGUAGAAUUGGGUUCUUUUACACCUACUUGUUUUGUUUCGUGUCUUCUAUCGCAGCUUUGAUUUUAGCUCUGGUUUUUGUUCGCGAUAUUUCGGUACAAGUUGAUAAAAAGCUUAGUUUUAGUAAAAUAUUCAGCGUGAUGAAAAUCGUGGAUAGUUUCAAAGUUGUGUUUAAAAAGAGUCUCGGCAGGGGCAGGAUUGUGGUGGUGAUAUUGCUGAGUAUUUACACGUUGAUAUCUUUCGCGACUCAAGGAGAAAAAGCCAUUUUGUACCUAUUUCUAAGGUAUAAAUUUCAUUGGGAUGAACGUGAAUUCAGCACUUAUAUUGUAUAUCGAUACAUUGGCGUUGCCAUAGGAAGCGUUUUUUGUAGCAUUAUUCUGAGCAAGAUUUUAAAAAUACAUGACGGAAUAAUUGGCGUAUUUGCUGGAUUAUGGGACACGAUCGCAGUUAUUGGAUACCUUUUUGCUUAUAAAACUUGGCAUCUUUAUGCAGUUCCAAUUUUUGAUGUUUUUCACGGCACCGCCUUAUCAGUUAGCUUAUCAUUCUUGAGUAAAUUUUACAAAAGUGACGAACUUGGUCGUUUGAGUUCUGUUACUGGAAUGUUUACGUUAUUAAUUCCAAUAUGUCAUCCGGUUUAUAAUGGGAUUUUCGAAGCUACUUUGGAUACUUUUCCUUCAGCUUUCUUUUUAUCGAGCAUUUCUUUAGAUACAAUCGUCGUCUUAUUAUAUUGUGUGUCAUAUUUUAUUAGUCAAAGAUUAGAAAAAGAAAAAGUGGUCAUUGAAGAAGAAGGGAAACGAAUGCUUGAUUCAAAAUAGGAACAUUUCUUUUCAACUAGGCUGUGCAAUUUUAAAAAAAUUUAAACGUACCAAAAGUCACUAACAAAAUUUGGUAUUGAGCAAAAAAAUAAGACCUGUGAUUUUUGCGAGAUGUUCUCUUUUAACGUAAUAAACUGACGCCACUAAUCAGUUGGCAAGGUGGAAAAUAAGAUGUGCACCGAAGUACCUAAAUGAGCCUUUCAGUUUCUAAUGCUGACGGAUUCAGGAUCAACAAUUUAUUUAUUCAAAAAAGAUCACGAAUAAAAAUUUGAAUUUAAAGUGAAAGAGACGGUUUAAAAAAAAUCUCUCUGAAUCGAUUUGAAAGACCAUAAAAAAGACGAUUAUUAAAGUCAUAGGUGUUGAACUUGAGACUAGGCGUUUAUUCACAUGGGGUUCUUCCUUGACUAGAAAAUCUGCAGAUCGAGAUACAGGGUUCAGAUAUAAACUGUUCGAAAUCACCAUCAGUGAAUUUGAAAUUCCAAAAAUUGAGUGUAAACUAAACAUCUUUCUACUUGAAUUUCACAAAAUUAUUUUGAUUUGUGUCAAAUUUAAAUUUUUAAAAAUUCGCCAAAAAUUUAAAAAAAAAUGAAAUUUGGCACUUGGUAUUUGACUUGUUGGUGUAUGAUGGAACUUUGGGUUCGCAUAUUAAAACCAUUCACGUAGAGCUCCCUAUUUCAGCGAUUCCAAUGAUUUCGAUUUUUUUCCACGUGAAUGAAAUUUUAAUUUCGUUAGGUAGAAUACGCAGGCAGAUAAUGUAUAAGCAGGCACUUCAUGUUUUGUUUGGGUAUAUUAAGUAUGUACUGUGUAGUAAAUCGCGAUAUUUUCUAAUCGCACUUCAAGCAGAUUACAUAACGAGAUAUAAAAUAUGAAUUUAUACUGACACGAAAUUGUCAAUUUUAAAGUACCUAUAGCUAAGUAAAUAAUUUGUGAUUGCUUCGUGCACAGAAAAACUUCAAAUUUACACUGACAUUGAAUCAAGUCAGUGGAUGUUCCUUUCGAGAAAAAUUUACUCCGAGGACUACUUCAUAAUUCAUACAGUGAUUCAGUGCAUGUAAUGUAACUUUAUAUUGUUUUUUAAAAACAUGAGUGUAAGUGUAAUACCAGCAAUGUGUACGAUGUUUAUUUUAUCAAUAUCUGUGAUGGAAUUAAAAUGUGCCAAUAUUC